AUGGGCGCUAGGCCAGGCCCCAUCCAGCCGUUGGGGGCGUUUCUUCCCCGCGCUUGCACGGAACACACCGCGACACCGCGUGGAAAACACUCUCCUCUGCGUGCACGACUGACCGGGACCGCGACCAGGACUCCCGUCCGUCCGCGGUCCGCCCGAUCCGUCCUCACACGGAGGAGCCUCACAGGCCACAGGCCCACACAGCACAGGCCCACGCAGUACGGCAACGCAGCAGCAAUCCCGAGCCUUCCCUGGCGCGCGGGAACACCUCGACUCACGCACGCCUCCCGUAGUCCCAUACCACCAGGUCUCCUCUCCGGCUUCCCGUCGGCCGUCCCGCCCUUCCUCCCCCCAAACUUCCCGUGCUUACAGGACAGCGAUUUGCAAGGCCAAGAGGGGGGUUUCAAGGAUACCUUCGCUGAGGACCUCUUGGUUCCUGUCUUCAAGGCUUUGAUAGACAAGACGAAGCUGGACCCAAGUGAAGUUGGUGACAUUGUUGUCGGUACUGUCUUAGCUCCUGGGUCCCAGAGGGCAAUCGAAUGCAGAAUGGCUGCACUCUAUGCCGGUUUCCCUGACACUGUUCCUCUUAAGACUGUAAACAGGCAAUGCUCAUCUGGCCUUCAGGCAGUUGCAGAUGUUGCUACUGCUAUUAAAGCAGGACUCUAUGACAUUGGUAUUGCUGCUGGUUUGGAGUCCAUGACUGUGAAUAAAGUUAAUCUUAUUGGGCAAGUGAACCCCAAAGUUGAGCUAUUUUCUCAAGCACGCGAUUGCCUUCUCCCAAUGGGCCUCACAUCUGAGAAUGUUGCACACCGUUUUGGCAUAACACAACUGGAGCAAGAUCAAGCUGCUGUUGAGUCACACAGAAAGGCUGCUGCCGCAGCAGCUGCUGGUAAAUUCAAAGAGGAAAUUGUGCCAGUUCAUACAAAGAUUGUUGAUCCAAAAACUGGUGAGGAAAAGAAGAUCGUAGUCUCAGCAGAUGAUGGAAUCCGAGCAGAUACUUCGCUUGCAGUCCUGUCAAAACUCAAACCAGCAUUUUCAAAGGAUGGCACCACCACUGCUGGGAAUGCAAGCCAAUUGAGCGAUGGCGCUGGGGCUGUCUUGCUAAUGAGACAGGAUGUUGCUAUGAAAAAGGGUCUUCCAAUUCUUGGUGUCUUUAGGACCUUUGCCGCUGUCGGAGUUGAUCCAGCUGUAAUGGGUAUUGGUCCUGCCGUUGCAAUCCCUGCAGCAGUGAAAGCUGCUGGCCUCCAGAUGGAUGACAUUGAUCUUUUUGAAAUCAAUGAGGCUUUUGCAUCUCAGUAUGUCUACUGCUGCAAGAAGUUGGAACUUGAUCCUGCUAAAGUCAAUGUUAACGGCGGUGCAAUGGCUCUUGGACAUCCAUUGGGUGCUACAGGUGCACGGUGUGUCAGUACUCUUCUCAAUGAGAUGAAGCGCCGUGGCAAGGAUUGCCGGUUCGGAGUGAUUUCUAUGUGCAUAGGUUCUGGCAUGGGUGCUGCUGCUGUAUUCGAGCGCGGAGACGGCGUCGAUGAGCUCACCAAUGCUCUCGGGGAAUCCCGACCCAUAACUGGCUUUCCAAGGACGCGAUGUAACUAG